CCGCCCCGCUGCCUGUCGGGCCCCCCUCGCCGGCGCCAUGGCGUGCAGCCUCAAGGACGAGCUGCUGUGCUCCAUCUGUCUGAGCAUCUACCAGGACCCGGUGAGCCUGGGCUGCGAGCACUACUUCUGCCGCCGCUGCAUCACCGAACACUGGGUGCGGCAGGAGGCGCAGGGCGCCCGCGACUGCCCCGAGUGCCGGCGCACGUUCGCCGAGCCCGCGCUGGCGCCCAGCCUCAAGCUGGCCAACAUCGUGGAGCGCUACAGCGCCUUCCCGCUGGACGCCAUCCUCAACGCGCGCCGCGCCGCGCGACCCUGCCAGGCGCACGACAAGGUCAAGCUCUUCUGCCUCACUGACCGCGCGCUGCUCUGCUUCUUCUGCGAUGAGCCCGCGCUGCACGAGCAGCAUCAGGUCACCGGCAUUGACGACGCCUUCGAGGAGUUGCAGAGAGAACUGAAGGAGCAGCUCCAGGCCCUUCAGGACAGCGAGCGGGAGCACACCGAGGCGCUGCAGCUGCUCAAGCGACAGCUGGCAGAGACCAAGUCCUCUACCAAAAGCCUGCGGACCACUAUUGGUGAGGUCUUCGAGCGGCUGCACCGGCUGCUGCGUGAGCGGCAGAAAGCCAUGCUGGAGGAGCUGGAGGCGGACACGGCCCGCACACUGACUGACAUCGAGCAGAAAGUCCAGCGCUACAGCCAGCAGCUGCGCAAGGUGCAGGAGGGGGCCCAGAUCCUGCAGGAGCGGCUGGCCGAAACCGACCGCCACACCUUCCUGGCCGGGGUGGCCUCACUGUCUGAGCGGCUCAAGGGAAAAAUCCAUGAGACCAACCUGACAUACGAAGACUUCCCAACCUCCAAGUACACGGGGCCCCUGCAGUACACCAUCUGGAAGUCCCUCUUCCAGGACAUCCACCCAGUGCCAGCCGCCCUGACCCUGGACCCAGGCACUGCCCACCAGCGCCUGAUCCUGUCCGAUGACUGUACAAUCGUGGCCUAUGGCAACCUGCACCCACAGCCACUGCAGGACUCGCCAAAGCGCUUUGACGUGGAGGUGUCGGUGCUGGGCUCCGAGGCCUUCAGUAGCGGUGUCCACUACUGGGAGGUGGUGGUGGCGGAGAAGACCCAGUGGGUGAUCGGGCUGGCACAUGAGGCUGCGAGCCGCAAGGGCAGCAUCCAGAUCCAGCCCAGCCGCGGCUUCUACUGCAUUGUCAUGCACGAUGGCAACCAGUACAGCGCCUGCACGGAGCCCUGGACGCGGCUCAAUGUCCGGGACAAGCUCGACAAGGUGGGUGUCUUCCUGGACUACGACCAGGGCCUGCUCAUCUUCUACAAUGCCGACGACAUGUCCUGGCUCUAUACCUUCCGCGAGAAGUUCCCCGGCAAGCUCUGCUCCUACUUCAGCCCUGGCCAGAGCCACGCCAAUGGCAAGAACGUUCAGCCACUGCGGAUCAACACUGUCCGCAUCUAGUCGGGCCAAGGGAGACUACAGCCUCCUGGAACCAUUGGCACCAGCAAGAGCCCUGCCCAGGAGACCGGAGGCCCAGACUCCGUCCACCUUGGCUACUCUGAGACCUCAGGCCAGUUGCUUACCCGUCAGCCUCCAUUUCCGUCUGUAAGAUGGAGGUUGUGCUCCAAGAUUCCUAAACUCUCUUCCAGCAUUCAUGUUCUGUAGCUCUGAUCUUGAUGGGGAUGCAGCUUUGGUCCAAGAAUGUGACAUGGCUUCUCCUCAGGGCUACCCCUGCCCGACCCUCAUCCCCAUCCUCUCGGGCAGGGGACUACUUGCCUAUGUCUCCCUCCUGCCCAGCUGCCCUGGAUUUAGGAUGUGUCAGUGUGGCCAGUAGUUGGCAGCUUGAAAGAUCCACAGAACCUUCUUAUGCCCCAUGGCCUAAGACUUGUCCCUAACCAAGCUAGUGAUGGGCCAUUUUACCCUUGACCCUAGCCCACAGUGGACACAGGCAGUAGCUGAUCCUAGGAUUAUCUGAGAACCAUCCUCUCCUGCCACCUACAUACCAAGAACUAUGUGGUUCCUGCUUUUCCCACUGAUCUGCAAAUCAGAGAUAAUGCUGUGGUCUGUCAAAGGCACCCAGUAGCCGAGCCCACAUGUUACAGUCACCAUGCCACCAUCUUCCUGCCCACAGGCCUAAGGGAAGGAUGAAGGCACACUUGGGGUUGAUGUGGAGCCUAUUGGUCUAAAAGCACCUGCAGGGCAAGCAUCAUUGGAUAAUCGAGGUCCCCAGCAACUCUGUACAAGGGUCCAGCCAGCCCUCUUCAGCCAGGCCUCUGUGACCCACUAGGGUGAAGGGAGGCUGCGGGAGCAGUGUUAUAAUUAGUACCUGAGCACUGAGAGGGGCUGUUGGCUGGGACCCCUCGUCAGACUUGGCACCUAUCUCAGGAUCCUGUUGCAGAAAACAAGAGCCACUUUAGCUGGUUUAAUUAGACAAGGAUUUAUUACGAGGUCCCUGGUGGCUUGCAACAUCAUUGGAAGGGCUGGAGGAGCAGACUCUUUGUUGAAUGUCUAUGAACAGCUCCCAGCCACUAGAUUCAUCAUGUCUAUUGUGACCAGGAAAGCUGCUCCCAUCUGCAGGAAGCCACUGCAUCAGAGAGCUGCUGACUGCAGAACUACGUUACCCCUGCCACCGUCCAUUCCUGCAAAGGGGUGUCCUGGGGCCUGCCUCUCUCCCACCUAACUCAGUUCCCAAAUCCAAAUCUCUAGGAGGUAUUUAGUUUGAUAAAAAAAAAAAAAGUCAGAUCCAGAACCUUGGCUGCAAGGGAGGCUGGGAAAUGAAGUUUUCAUCUUUCCAGCUUCAGCCAUACAAAAAGAAGGAAGAUAGAAGGAAGUUAGAAUGGAUGCUGAGCAAGCCCAUCUGUAUUUUUUGCCACAGCAUACAACUGUGAAGAACUCAGGAGAGACUGGAGUCCACCUCUAGGCCUUGACUUUGAAGUAGCAGAGCCUUGAGGUGUCCUGCUCCGUGGCUCUAUCCCUGCCCAGAGGUGUUAACCCAGGGAGGGGGCUGCAAGACUGAGCCAAAAGGUCUCCCCAGCCUUGUCUUCUAUUUCUAGUCCUGGGGUCUAGAUUCUGUACUUGGGGUCUCUGAACAUGUCCAUCCCAGAGGAGCCAGAAUAACUGAACACGGGAGGCUUCUACUCACAACUGCUGCCCACUGGGGCCUCCCCUGCCAAGAACAGUCUUCAGCUCUACCCCACCCCUUCAACUACCAGAAUCUGGGCCACCCCAGCAGUAUUUUUAUUUAAAGUGUUGCCCAUUUUGUGAGUUAUGAUCAAUUUGUAUUAAAUUAAAGUUACAGGA